GAGGAGCAAGAUGGCGGCUGCUUCCCUGCGCUUCAUCCACGUGUCACCCAGCACUUCCGCGUCCCGCUCUCCAGCCAAUCACAGAGCUCCGCCGGCUGCAGAAUGGCACGUGAGCGGAGGCGUCAUGUUGGAUCUGAGCAGCGUCCUCCUCUUCCCGCCAGAAGACCUGUGCCGCCCCCAGCCCGGGGAGGGAACCGCGUAGUCCUGGUGGCCAUUGUGUCUUGCCUUAUUGGCCUAAGUGCAUUUGGAUACAACAGUUAUGUAAAAUGGAGUCUGGCUGUGAGGCCGGUGACCCUACAUCCCUCUCUUCGCAUCCUCCCCCCAAACAGCAGCUCCCCCGCUGUGUCCCCGGACCUGUUCUGGGGUUCCUACAGACCACAAGUAUACUUUGGCAUGAAGACGCGGAGUCCACGUUCUGUGGUCACAGGGUUGAUGUGGCUGUCUCAGUCCGGAUCCCCCUCCCUACGACACACGUGUGAGCAGGGUGACGGGCUGGCGCGGUACGGGUGGCUCAUGCACGACGGUGUGAAUUUCGGGGUUCAGGAGAUCAGAGAUAAAGGCUACACGCUGAGCACUGAGUUUGUGAAGAGACCCGGAGGGCAGCAUGGCGGAGAGUGGAGCUGGAGAAUCUCGGGGACCCCUGAGGACCCGUCCGCCCCUGGACAGCUGGUUUCGCUCCUGUUUUAUGUCGCUACAGAUGGGCAAGGUUCCCUGACGCCCCAUACAGAUGGAAGAGGGCACCUGAGCUAUGUGACGGGCACAUCUGAGGAGUUGGGGGGUUUUACUCUCCGAUUUCCCAAGCCCGAAGGUAUCGGACACAUAAGUUAUAACCACCUUGCCACCACUUGCCAUGGUCUUCAUCACAUCACAGAUGUUGUGCGCAGCAGUAUGAGCGACCGAUUUACUCACCCGUCCAGCGGUUCUGCCAACAAGCGACGUUACUUUGGCCUGGACACCUACCACCCACCGCCCCAGCCAGGCUCUGAUCACUCCCAGCUUGUCGUCCAGCAAGUCACCAUGUAUCUUCCGUUCCAAGUGGAAAUUCUGUUUGAAUCAGACAGUUUCCUACAACGUCCAGUGUCCCUGUCUGGUGGGGCCCUGACCGCGGGGCUGGAAAAGCACAGAAAGACCAUGGAAGAGCGUUUCCGGAAGACAUUUCAGCUGGAAGCCAAGGGGUUUAUCCCAGAGCAGGUGGCGUUCGCUCAGGCUGCUCUAUCUAACAUGUUGGGUGGGAUGGGCUACUUCUAUGGCAGCUCGGUUAUCCGGUCCCGGCACAUCCCAGAACCGGUGUCCUAUCCACCAGCUCCACUGUACACUGCAGUUCCAUCUCGCUCUUUCUUUCCCCGUGGCUUCCUUUGGGAUGAGGGUUUCCAUCUGCUGCUCAUUGCUCGGUGGGACCCAGCCCUGGCCUGGCAGUCUCUGGGCCAUUGGCUGGAUCUAAUGAAUGCAGACGGAUGGAUUCCCCGCGAGCAAAUUCUAGGCCCUGAAGCUCGCAGCAAAGUGCCGGCAGAGUUUGUGGUUCAGUGGGAUGAAAAUGCUAACCCUCCGACUCUCUUCCUGGCCCUGCGGCAGCUGCUGUCCAGUCCAGAUUCUGCUUCGCAGGGGCUGCCAUUUCUCCGCCGUGCCUUUCCUCGUUUGCAGACCUGGUAUAACUGGUUCAACGCAACUCAGAAUGGGCCUCUACCGUAUACUUACCGCUGGCGCGGCAGGGACCGGGACACCUUGCUCUUUUUGAAUCCCAAAACUUUGACAUCUGGUCUGGAUGACUAUCCACGGGCAUCACAUCCGUCCGAUGAGGAGCGUCACGUGGACCUGCGAUGCUGGAUGGCUCUGGCAUCCGAGGUGAUGGCUGACAUUUGCAGGUUGCUAGGAGAUGACGGGAGUCGGUAUGAGGAGUCUCAGAGGGCUCUCUCAGACAAUUCUUUAUUGGACCAGCUCCAUUGGGCUGAGAGACUUGGAGCCUAUGCCGACUAUGGGAACCACACGCAGAAAGCGGUUUUGGAAUGGGAACGGCCACGGCCUGUCCCUGGACAGGAUCCCCAUAGUGUCCCUCCCCCAAGGUUAAUAAGAGUUGUCAGGAAACCGCCUAAGUUGCAGUUUGUAGGAGCUCUGGGCUAUGUGUCCCUGUUCCCGUUCUUUCUACAGAUACUGUCUCCUAGCUCCCCUCGACUUGGACGCCUGUUAGAGCAUUUGAGAGAUGCUGACAAACUAUGGACCUCGUAUGGCAUACGCUCCCUGUCCAAGAGCAGCCCCCUGUACAUGCAGCGCAACACGGAGCAUGACCCGCCGUACUGGAGGGGAGCUAUAUGGAUGAAUAUGAACUACCUGGCGGUCAGCGCCCUGCACAGAUACAGCCAGGUGGACGGUCCACACCAGAGCAGAGCGACCGGCUUGUACAGGGAACUCAGGGUGAACCUUAUCGCUAAUCUGUACAGACAGUACGAGAAAACCGGAUUCCUGUGGGAGCAGUAUAACGAUGAAACGGGCCGCGGACAAGGCUGUCACCCGUUCACCGGCUGGAGCUCUUUAGUUGUACUUAUUAUGGCGGAAGAAUACUAAGGAGGCAGCCGUGUGAGGCGCAGGCAUUGGGAUUGUGUCAUGAAAUGUGCCACGGCCAGCACUGACCACGUGGGCUAUACCACUGCAGAGUAACGAGGUGUCCAUACUGUGCAGGAAGACCCUCACUGAGGGGGAUACUUCCUCCGUCUGUGUAAUCUGUGCCCGGCUGGCUCAGGCACACGCUCUCCUGCGUACAUCUAGGACACAAUAAAAGAGUCCCCCUCCCA